AUGACAUAUGGCAUUACUGCUAGAGUGGCCUUUGAUAACAAAUGCAAAGACCAGGUCCAAGCAGAGCUCAUAACAGCUGUCAGGGAAGGUGCAGAGGCAACUGGAGUGGGAUUGAGGCCUAAACUUAAGAAGAUUCAUAGGAAAAUUGACAUGAUACUUGACAACAUUGUCAAAGAGCAUAAAGCCAGCAAGGAGAAAGCCGAGAAUACAGGCAAGGACAAAGCAAAUGAUCUAUUAGGUGUCCUUUUGGAUCUGCAGGAGCAUGGUGAGCUUGAAGUUCCUUUAACAAUGAACAAUAUCCAGGAGAACAAUAUCAAAGCGGUUCUCCUGGACAUUUUCACAGCUUGGAUCGAGAGUGGAAUGGGCAAUGUCAGAAAUGCUGAAAACACCAAGAGUAAUGAGAAAGGCACAAGCAGAGGUGAGGCAGGUCUUCUGUACAAAAGGCAAUGUCGAGGAAAACGGUCUUCAGGAAUUGAAAUUCUUAAAGGCAGUAAUCAAAGAGACUUUGAGAGCACCCUCCUAUUCCUUUGUUGCUUCCAAGAGAAUGUAGUGAAAGUAGUGAGAUUGAUGGAUAUGGGAUACCUGUUAAAACCAAAAUCUUUGUAA